AUGAUAGAUCGAAGGAGUCAGAGUCCCAUGGCUACAAGCUAAAAGAUGGGAACUGCAAGAGCCAUCUUUGAUACAGGCACAGAAUAGGAACCGACGAAACGAUUAACAAGAUCAAUUAGAAAUACUAGCACAGAUCCAUAAUAAACAGACUACAAAUAAUAUCAAAAUUAGCCUUAAUUAGGCAUUUAAGGUUCUUAGGAUAUAAAUUCAUAAAAUUCACGUUAAAUUACUUAAGAAAAUUUUGAGUAUCGGAAACCAGAAACGGACACUUUCAAUUUUAGAACAGUUUAAACUUACAAACCUCAAGAAGUAAGUGCUUUGCCAACUUCUUAAUUUAAUUACUAAAGUUUUGAGUACAAAAAACCAGACGCUGGCCGUACAGGAUCAUACAUUUAGUCAGCGUACAAUACAACAUUUCAAGAACCAAUCGGUAGUUCGCUUAACUUUCAGAAUAAAACUCUGUAUGAACCACCAAAAUAAGACAACACAUUCACAAAAUACGAACCGAAUUCAUUUGAUAAAUAUAAAACUACUUUUGAAUAGCCUAAAUCUUAUGAAAAGUUUGAGUAAUACAAAUUUGAACCCAUGAAGUAUGACUUUAAUUUACCAGAAUAACCAAAGGAAUACCAACAAUCCUAUAAAUCAAUUCCAUAAGUGCAACCCAAUUAAUCAGUUGUUCAAACACAAUAUACUCCUUACAAUCCUGAUAGAAUCACUUUGGACACCCAACUAAAUAGAACUACUUUAAACUAUCCACUUCAAAAUGACUACUUAAGUGCAGGGCCUAGAAAGACAGAAGAACCCAUUCGUCCUUCAGAAAUUCAAAUCAAAACCCAGAAACCAGUAGACCCAAUUAUGAAUAAAGGAUAAAACCCUCCUUCAAUCAAGGCAGAAUCAAUUAAGAAUGAAUAAUCAUAUAGGCCAACAACUCCAGUAUAUACACAAUAAUAAUAUCAAUUAUCGAACUAGAAGCCUACUGAGUCAUAAUAUAAGUAAGAAACAAUUGAUAUUAUGAACAAGCCAAGUUAUAGAUUUGAUUUACCUAAGAAAUUCGUUGAGGAAAUUGUUAUAAUUGAAAAUGAAGCUAAUGAACACGAAUUUAAUGCAGGUUGUCAGAUAUUUUGA